AUGGCGGCUAUCCAGGACGUGCCGCGAUUAGUGCUGCAGGCUAUCUUAGCUUCUCAGAGUCCACAGGCACUUCCACAGCAGCGUAAAGAGGCUGUCGCGUUUCUGGAGCAGUUCAAAUGCGCGGACGUCACGUCUGUGUUUUCCACGUGCGCAACACUGAUUUCGCUACAGCAGCUGGCGCAGCUCUAUGGCAGCCUGCUGCAGCCGACCGAAGUGGUCGGAGUGCGGCUAGCGGCCUAUCAGCUCAUUAUUGAUGCAGUACGCAACCGAUGGCGUGAGCUGUCUCCGGAGCAGCGGGUGGCAGUGACGCAGCUGGCGCUACAGCAAUUCAGGGAAGCUGCGUCUCCUGCACAAGAACCUGCCGCAACUAGCAGUGGCGGUUUCCCCGAGCGAGGGAAAGCGGCAGAAUUACUUGCUGUGGUGGUGCGUCAGCGAGGAGCAUCAGCGUAUGCAGAAGUGUUACCGCAGCUUAUAGCGGGAGCUGCAGCUGGGCCUGUUCAG